AUGUCGAAUCGGGUUAUUCUGCAAACCUUCGACGAGUACCAGAAGGCACGCGUCAAGUUCGUGCAGACGAUCGCAGACUUGGCUUCCAAGCCAGCUAACAUCGAACAACUGCAGCAUGCGGGUGUAAUGCAGCUGCUGCGCCCACUGCUGCUCGACAGCGUGCCGUCGGUGCAGCAGUCCGCCGCACUGGCGAUUGGCCGCCUCGCGAACUCUAGUGAGGAGAUGGCCGAGAACGUCGUGUCUGGAGAUGUGCUGACGCAGCUGGUGUACUCGCUUGGCGACCAGAAUCGCUUCUACAAGAAAUCUGCCGCGUUUGUCCUGCGCAGCGUGGCGCGGCACUCUCCGCAGCUUGCCCAGGCUGUCGCCGACAGCCAGGCGGUGGAGGCGCUCGUCGGCUGCCUGGAGGAGUUUGAUCCGACCGUGAAGGAGAGCGCCGCUUGGGCGCUAGGCUACGUCGCCCGCCACAACGCAGAUCUCGCGCAGGAGGUGGUGGACAAAGGCGCUGUACCGCCGCUGGUGCUGUGCGUGCAGGAGCCGGAGCUGUCCCUGAAGCGAGUGGCGGCCUCAACGUUGGGCGAUAUCGCGAAGCACAGCCCAGAACUGGCCCAGUCCAUUGUUGACCAGGACGCUAUCACCCACCUGGCGCCGCUCAUCGCCAGCAGCGACGCGAAGCUGAAGCGGCAGGUGUGCCAGUGCUUGGCGCAGAUCGCCAAGCACAGCGUUGAGCUGGCGGAGCUGGUCGUCGAGGGCGAGAUCUUUCCAAAGAUCUUCCUGCUGCUCGCCGACAGCGAUGAGGUGGUGCAGAAGAACGCAGCAACGUGCAUUCGAGAGAUUGCGAAGCACACACCAGAGCUGGCCCAGCUCGUGGUGAACGCCGGCGGCGUGGGCGCACUGGUGGAAUACACCAGCACAACGAAAAGCAGCACGUGCCUUCCGGGCAUUAUGACUCUUGGCUACCUCUCUGCCUUCUCCGAGACGCUGGCGCUUGCCGUCAUCGUUGCGCACGGCAUCGUCCCACUGGCUGACGCGUUGGAGAAAGAGCCCGAAGACCACAUACGUGCCGCCGCGGCGUGGUCACUGGGGCAGCUCGGCCGCCAUAGCGCCGAUCACGCCAAGGCGGUGGCGGACUGCAACGUGCUUCCUCGUCUGUUGGACGUGUACCUCAGCCCCAGCAGCUCCGACGACCUGCAGACGAAGAGCAAGCGCGCCCUCAAGGCUAUCAUCCAGCACUGUGUCUACCUACCCGCCCUAGAACCGCUGCUGCACCCCGAUGCGCCGCAGGACGUCCUCAAGUACGUCUGCGGUCAAUAUGCGAAGGUGCUGCCCACCGACGUGGCCGCGAAGCGCGAGUUCGUGGCGAACCGCGGCUUGGCCACGGUGCAGCGCAUCAAGGCUGAGCCGGGCAGUUCCUUGGCCGAGUCCAUCCAGAUCAUCAACAGCUGCUUCCCGCCGGAGAUUGUAGAAUACUAUUCGCCAGAGUACGCACAGACGUUUAUCGAGAAGAUCGAGAACUACCACGUGCAGCAGCACUAG